AUGCCUGGGAUUCUGCUCGGAGAUGUGUUUCCAAACUUUGAGGCCGACACCACUAUCGGCAAGAUCAAGUUCCAUGACUUUCUCGGUGACUCAUGGGGCAUUCUGUUCUCUCAUCCGAAAGACUUCACCCCCGUCUGCACCACAGAGUUGGCCUGUGCUGCUAAAGUCUCAGACCAGUUUCAGAAACGUGGCGUCAAGAUGAUCGCCCUCUCUCUGGACUCUGUGGAAGAUCAUCACAAAUGGAGCAAGGAUGUAAUGGCCUUUGGAAAUGCAGAAGGGAACCCUCUGCCUUACCCCAUCAUCGCUGACGAAAGCAGGGAGCUGUCUGUUCAGCUCGGCAUGUUGGACCCCGACGAGAGGGACAAGGACGGCAUGCCUCUGACUGCGCGCUGUGUUUUCAUCAUUGGUCCUGAUAAGAAGCUGAAGCUGUCCCUCCUGUACCCGGCCACCACUGGGAGGAACUUUGACGAGAUCAUCCGAGUGAUUGACUCGCUACAGCUCACAGCGCAGAAGAAAGUGGCCACACCUGUCGACUGGAAGCCUGGACAUAAAGUGAUGGUCAUCCCAACACUCUCUGAUGCUGAGGCUGCGGCUCUCUUCCCCAGCGGUGUCACCACAAAGGAGCUGCCCUCGGGGAAGAAGUAUCUGCGCUACACUCAGCUCUAG